UCAGGGACAGAUUGACCCUAGCUGCUGUGCAGAAAGCUGCGGCUGCUGAUCUCCGAACCGAACCGCAGUCUAAUAGUUUCCUCUGGAGAGGAGCUCCAUUUGUCAGAACCGGAACCGAGCAGGUGACUGGUGCCAUGCAGUUCUGACCCGGUCCGGACCUUUGGAUGCUGCAGCUGAGCGUCACCGGGCAGCAGCAUGAACGGAUACGAUCCUCCAGCUCUGAACGUCUUCAGCUCCAACAUCAAUGGACACAAAGCUCCGUCUCCAGGUCCUUCCAGAAACAAAGCCAAGAGUGGUGCCAAAGCUCUGUAUGAGCAAAGGAAAAACUACACCAGAACCAGCAUCAACAGUCUGACGGAUACAUCCCAGUACCAUGUGGAGCACCUGACCACGUUCGUGUUGGACCGGAAAGAUGGGAUGAUCACCGUGGACGAUGGCAUCCGCCGUCUGCGCCUGCUGGACGCCAAAGGGAAGGUGUGGACUCAGGAGAUGCUGCUGCAGGUGGAGGACAAGGCGGUCAGCCUCAUCGACCUGGAUUCACAGAAUGAGUUGGAGAACUUCCCCAUCAGCUCAAUCCAGCACUGCCAGGCUGUGAUGAACGCCUGCAGCUAUGACUCCAUCCUGGCUGUGGUGUGUAAAGACUCCAGUCAGAGCAAACCAGACCUCCACCUGUUCCAGUGUGAUGACAUCAAGGCAAAUCUGAUUCACAUGGAUAUAGAAAGUGCCAUGAUAGAUGCCAAAGGGGGCAAAGUGAAAAAACGACCAGAGACUCUGAAAGUGAUUCUGAAGAGUGACGGCCUGAUCCCACCUCCCCCCCCGACUCCCGCCCCUGAGGCGCCACCUUCAUCAAAUCAAGAGGAGAAUAAGGGGCGAACAGCGGCUUGGUCGGCGUGGGCCAAUGAACAGCAGCACUAUGAGCAGCAGCAUCUGUCGCAGUACGACGGAGCGGGGGAGAUGACGGCGCUGCGGGUGGACCGAGACGUGCAAAUCCUAAACCACAUCCUGGAUGACAUCGAGUUCUUCGUCACCAAACUGCAAAAGGCGGCAGAGGCCUUUAACGAGCUCUCCAAGAGGAAGAAGGCAACGAAGAACAAGAAGAAAGCUCCAGGAGAGGGUGUCCUGUCUCUGAGAGCCAGAGCUCCCAGUGAGGAAGAGUUCGUGGACUGUCUGCAGAAGUUCAAACAUGCCUUCAACCAGCUGGCGAAGCUGAAGGACCACAUUCAGAACCCAAGCUCAGUGGACCUAGUUCACUUCCUCUUCACGCCGCUGAGGAUGGUGGUCCAGGCGUCUGGCGGAACCGAUCUGGCUCGAAGCGUGGUGGUUCCUCUCCUCACCAGAGACGCCAUUGAGUUCCUCCACUCCUCGGGAACAGCGGAGGAACGCCACCUGUGGGUGACUCUGGGAGACGGCUGGACAAAAUGCAGGCUGGAGUGGCCUAAGGAUCACUACUUCCCGCCCUGCGCCCUGCGGUUCCGAGACGGCUGGGAGCCUCCCGUGGUUCCGGCCGUGAUGCCGAGUCGGGAGCAUGAACUGAUGCAGCUGGCGGAGAGCCUCGUCAACGCCGACAUCCACCGCUCGGCCGACCUGCGGCUGUCUCAGGAGCAGGGGGCGCUGCAGCGGUUUCCUCCAGCUGAUGGGUACGCCCUCAAUAACUCCUCCCACAAACGCAUCCAGGUCCUGGACCAGGACACGGCCAUGGCUGCUUUCAAACACGCCGUCAGCCGCCGUGUCGACCGGAGUUUUGAUCCUGAAAACAGAUUUGAACAGAGAGUUUUUGCCAAAGCGAAGUACGACUUUGUGGGGAGAAACAACACAGAGCUGUCGGUCCUCAAAGACGAGCUUGUGGAGGUUCUGGAUGACAGGAAGCAGUGGUGGAAGGUUCGGAACGGCUGCGGAGAAUCCGGCUACGUGCCAAACAACAUCCUGGAGAUCACCAGAGCCAUGGACGUGAACAGCCGUGGAGAUCCUGUCUACAGCCAUACCAUCCAGCUCAUGAUGCCAAAGAAGGAGUUUGAGUUAUUUAAGCAGCAGUUACUGGGAGAGUUAAAUGAGAAGCAGACCACAAAGUCGGACCAUCCCCCAGGUAGACCAGCAGCUGCUCAGAUGUCUGAGGUUCCGUCACCGCCACCCCCCGCCCCCAACAGGCUCCCCACACCGCCUCUGCCUCCUCCGAUGGCAGAACCCCCUAAAGCAGGCGGCGGCAGCACCACGGUCAGCCGACAUAACAGCAACACGUCCAGCGACGCCGGGAACGGCGCCGCAAAGGAAGCAGCCAGCCAGAGAGCUGCAGCGGCUGCAGGACGCAGGAAGUCCAACAUGGAGGAGGUGCAGGAUGAGCUGAUCCACAGGCUAACUUUGGGUCGCAGCACUCAGAAGAAGUUCCAGGUUCCUUCUCGGAGCAACAGCGGCAGCCUUCCUGCUCCAAGCAUCACUUACGAUUCCUCCCCAGAUGAAGUGAAAGCCUGGUUGGAGGCCAAAGGCUUCAGUCCGGUAACCAUCAGCAGCCUUGGCGUUCUGACUGGAGCGCAGCUGUUCUCGCUGAACAAGGAGGAGCUGAAAACAGUUUGUCCUGAUGAUGGAGCUCGAGUCUUCAGUCAAGUCACGGUGCAGAAGGCUGCGCUAGAGGUUUUCUUCUGAGCCUCCUCUGAUCUUCUGACUGUCUCUCAGCAUUCAUUAAGAAGAGUUCAGGAUCUGAGCUGGAGGAGAUUAUGAGGAGGCGACAGGAGAAGCUGGCAGCCAGCACCGCUGAUUCCGGGGUGGAGUCUUUCGACGAAGGCAGCACCCACUGAGCAUUCCCUCCCUUGCCUCAGUGUUCCUUAUCCCUCCCAAUGCAGCCGACUUUCACUUCCACUAUUCAUCCGCAGGCGGCCGCAGAUCGUGCAGAGUUCGUGGAGAUCAUGCGUCGCAGACAGGAACUCCUUAGCUCAUCUCCAUAGAAACGAACUGACCUCUGGAUAUCCAAGCUGUUAAAGAAUCUACAGAACCUUCUGCCAUGUUUGCCUGAACUUUACAGGAACGUUUCUUUGGGAUAUUUUUUCCUGCUUGGUAGCUAAAUCUUUCUAAAGCAAAGCCUCACAGUAUUAAUGUUGGAUCAUCUGAAUGUCAGCAGCUGCUCUUUGUGCCUCUCAGGUUUAUUAACACUUUCUAAACUACCGUAAUAGUAAUAAUUUGAGACUGCUUUCUGCUUCCAGUAAGUCGGAGUUGCACAUAACAUGUUUAAAUCCCCUUUAAAGUGAUAUCAUUUCAAAUAUUUAGAUAUUUUUGUAUAGGUUUUGGAUUUGUUUGUCAAUCUAUUGAAUAAAUAUACAGAUUCAUUUGUGUCUCUGUUCAAACGCUCUGUCAAUAUAAUUUUUUGCUGCAUUAAUGCCAACCUUGAUUCAUUUCUCAGGAUAUAUAUUUUUUUCAUAUUUCAAAUCUGGAAUCAAUCUGUAUCCAUGGAGAAAACCUAUGGUAGUUUUUCCUGCAUUUUUCAGCAAAUUCAGAUUUUUCAGUCUCUGAAUGGAAUAAAAAUCG